GUGAGAGAACAAGAGGAAGAAGGGUGACCCUGUACAACAUUAGCAGGUCACAUACAUUGUAGAAAGGUGUAUUACUUGCUACAGGGAGCCAUUAGGAGGGGAAGAAGGGUAGAAUAAAUGGACUGCCUCUUGAUCAAACAUUUAUCUACUGUUCUCUUCCUUACAGCAGGCUGGAGCCUCUGUGGGGCAGAAUUUGUGUCAAGACAUCCGAUGUAUUCCAUUAGAAGCAGUGUAACUGGCUCAGCAUCUGGCAAUAGAACUCACAGAAUGCUUUUCCCACCAGACAUCUCCAGUGUAAGACUGUCACAUGGCACACAUCAUUGUGCAGGGGAACUGGAAACUAAGUUCAUGAAACAGUGGAUCCCACUGUGUUGGGAUGACUUGGAUACAGCUGCUACUAAUAUGAUCUGCAAAGCACUCAGUUGUGGGGGUGUAAUAAAUGUCACUGGUCUGUUUAGUUUAAGCAGCAAUGGCACUGCUAAUCUCACUUCUCAUACAGGCGCAAACUUCACCCGCGAGCUCAGAGUGAUGUGUAAUAGCACAGAGAAGGGCCUGGAAUGCAGUAGAGGGUGUCUCACCAAACUCUGGGUUACUUGUCAAGGUGCUAAACAGCUACGUUUAUUUGGUGGACGAAGCCACUGUGAGGGACGGGUUGAAGUGCAUGAUGGAACAUCCUGGGGCACUGUGUGUGAUGAUUCAUGGGACAUGGAGGAUGGUAAUGUUGUGUGCCAGCAGCUGGGCUGUGGCUUUGCCAUAGAGGUAUAUGGUGAUGCCUAUUAUGGGAAGGGGUCUGGCCCUAUACACAUGGAUGAAGUCAACUGCACAAGUACUGAAACAGAGUUAUGGAAAUGCCCUUUCCAGAAGAACCAUGACUGUGGACACAAAGAAGAUUCGGGUGUGCUCUGUUCAGAAUCUCUGAGAAUGCUAAACAUGUCAGAUGUCACUCUGAGUUAUGCUACUACAACAGUAGUCACUCUGGAUACAAAAGGUGUUACAGCUGACCCAGCCUUCUACUCCAGACAUAUUUUACUAGUAAGCCUGUGUGUUAUACUUGGAGUUCUUCUGCUGAUCGCUUCACUAAGCCUUGUGUUGGUGGUUUGUUUAAGAAACAAAAAAGCUGUUUUCCCUGUUCUGGAGAUGUUUAAUCGGCAAACUACAGAUGAUUUGCCUGCAAACACAUAUCAAGAAGGUGCCUCCAUUGUUCAGAAGACUAAUGCACCAUCUGUUAUUGUCACACGUCCUCCUGAGGAAGACUCAGAUUCAGAUUAUGAACACUAUGACUUUUCUGCCAGACCUCCUGCACCUCUUAUGACUUUUCACAAUUCAGCAAGACAGAAAAUGGCAACUCAUGCCCUUCGGAACAAUAAUAUUGUCAUGGCAGCAAUUCCAGAAGGAGGUGUAAAGAUGCCAACUCCUCGUCAGUCACAGCAUUCAGACGGCUCCUCCAACAUCUCUGCAGAAGUCUAUUUGAAUAGCUCCAUAUCAGCAAAAGCUCCUGCAAAUUCAAGCCCAAUGCCAUUAGGUUCUGAUCAUGAUGUUGCUAGAUCUUACACCAACCUGAGUGUGAACUGUCUAAGUCACAGUGAUGCUAGCACUUUGCCUCUUUGUCACUCUUCUCAGCCCGAGGAUGAUAGCUCUAGCACGUCUUCUGGGGAUGAGGAUUGGUACGAAAAUUAUAAGAAACCUCAGCAAAAUGGCAACAUAUCACAAAAUCCAGCUUGCCCGUCAUCAAGAGUAAGACACAACCAACGAGAAGACUCCUCUACAGACAGUGAUUAUGAUGAUAUUUCAGCGUUGCCAUAGACACGUGUGCAUCAUUGCAAUGAAAGGUGCAAGAGAUGCCGAAUAGAAGUUUGACUUCCCGUGUAGAAGAAACAAUUUGCACAAAUCUAAAGUGUCACACUAACUUGAUGUUAUGCUUAGGACUUCUGCAAGAUGGAAGACUGACAGCCUGAACUCAAAUUUUUAUGUAAGCAAGGGGAUGAGAUGAUAGAGAGAGAGAGAGAAAGAGAAAGAGAGAGAGAGACUGAAAAAGAAAGAGGGUGAGGAAUGUAGGGAUGGGGAGAUGAUUUAUAAAAAGUAAACAAUGGGAUGAGAAUGUGUAAGGAGAGGAUGGUGCUAAUGACGGGAUGAGAAAUAAAUGACUGACACAGUCAGAGGAUGGUGAGACAAGACUGUGAAAUGGGGGAUGGAG